CCCCCCAGUCGGUGAGACGCAGGAUCGAUCAUCACACCAUCCCUUGGCCACUUUAAAAGGCAUGUCCGAUGCCCUCCAGACUCGUCCACCUGACCGGUCAUUCGUGCUUGUCUCUCGUUCCCUUGCCUCGUCUUUCUUUCUUUUAUUUCCAUCUUUGCCUUCCUUUUGUCCACUAAGAAUACCUCGUCUUUGAAAAUCCUCCCCACCCUCCACAAAGAAUCAAUCACCGUCUUCAUUUCCUUGUCCUUGUUUACUCCGUACUUGGUGCCGACUGCCUGCUCCUUCUGGCCUCCUCCCCUCUUCGGAACCCUAAUCUUAUCGAUCGUAUUCAUUUAAACCCCCUCGAUUCCCCUCCUUCGACUCCCCUAAAGAUUGAUUGAUCAUCGCUAUCCUUACCUUUAUUGUUAUUAUUGUUAUCUAUUAUUCAUAUCCCUCCCGCUUCUCCUGGUCGGCUGAUCUCCGCCAAUUAUUCGCUCUUCUGACCGGCUUCGCUGUCUUCAGGCAUUCGAGCAGCCACUCGAGCAUGUGAAUGCUUGGGUCCGAGUGAAUCAUUCUCCUGUUCAGUCCCUCCUGAUGGCUGCUGCCUCCACAUGCUCCGGCCAUUCUCUUCACGGCGCCUACUGUGACAAUGCUCCACCUCAGGGGGUUCAUAUUAAUAGCAGCCAUAACCGCCCGCUGCGUAUAGUUCCUCCCACUACCCUUGCGUCGUCUCCACCUAGAACAACUACAAAUCUCGGAGAUGUCUCGUCGACCUUUUCUACUGUCGAAGUCGAUCUUGCUUCGCAAUCCAUCUCUGCUUUGAAUAUCAUGGGUGCCAAAGAUACCAUGCUGCACGUUACUGAACUUCCGAUGGAGACCGCCCCGGACCUCGCCGUCAUCGAGCCCUCAUCUCCAACAAUGGAGACGGUGGAGGAAGUGCCGUCCGUCGAACUAGAAGCGCCAGCAACAACUUCCUCGCCUGCGUCUGCCAAACAUCGCACUCCGAAGCGAAAGCGAACUGCCUCGCCUCCUUCGCCUGCCUCGACCACUCCCUCCCAACAUGUCCGUUCCGCCUCGCGCAGCACGCGACGCUCUGCUCCGCCCAGCAGCCGUCCUGGCUCUCUCCAUUCGCACCGCCGCGCGGUGACGACCUCUUCUCUCACCCCGUCCUCGCAUCCUAGUCCCAGCGACCCCGAAACCAGACGCCAGAACCUCCUCGCCCUGCACCGCGAGUCUUGUCGCCUCUUCCAGAACAACGGUCGAGUCAGGGACAGCGAAGGCAGCGCACCGUCGCCAUCCUCCUCCACUGCAACCAUGCCGACACCUCCCCGCACCGUGCGCGCCUACUCAGACCUCAGCACGCCACCUCUCUCUCCAAUCCUUAACUCCAUGACCAGCACUUCUCAGCGCCCACACUUUCCCCCGCCUCUCCGCAUCUGCUCCGCCUUCACCCCGUCCGACUCGGAUCCUAUCUCCCCGAUCCCCAUCCACCCCUCCGCCACCGUCAUCGACUGGACCUCCCCGUCGACUCGCCGCCGCGAGUACAAGAAAAUCGACCGCGCCAGCAGUGGCGUGCGCGGGUUCUGGCGUCGCGUCGCACCGCGCUGGGCCCGGUUCGGCGGCGACGACCGUACCCCGUUCUUCGAGGAGAAAGACGGCAAGGGGAACUACGAUGGUAGUGUGCGUCGCUUCCGGAUGGAUUUACCGGAUGAAGUCCCUCACUCGGAGAGGACGGUCGGAUCUAUGCGCGGAUUGAAGCUGAAGAGGAAACUUGUCGGUGGGAUGGGGCGGUCACGAAGUGAUUCUACUUGAUUGGAGGAUGGACUUGGAUAUCGUAAUUCGGGAGGACACGAUAGAGCAGGCUAUUCGGCGCCGGCGAGAAUAGCCUAGCGACAAAGGAACACCACACGAAAAAGAUGAAGCCUGGGGCUUCCAGACAGUCUUCCCCAGAAAGAAUAUGGAUGACUGCUCUGCUGGAUAGAACAGCUGGCUGAUAGAUGACGGAUGGAUGGGAUGUGUUUGUGUGUUGAGCACACCACCAACCUGCCUGCCUACCUUCCUAGAGAGAGGUAUGCAAAUACAAAACCUCGUGGACGAGACGACAAACAGAGGAAGUGGACAAAGUGAGUGACCGACCGGCUGGGUUUUCGGUUGUUGGAUUGGGUUGGCUCCGUGAUUUCAAAUUAUG